AUGCGCGCCCUCGCGGGCUGUCCGGGGCCGCAGGCGCCGCGCCCGGCACCCGCGCCUCCGCGGGGCGGGGGUGAUCAGACUGCUGCCCGAGCACUCCUCUAUCCUUUAGUAUCCCGGCACAAACGGCGCGCGCGCACGGGAUUCUGGCGCAGCGCGCUCCGGGCUAUGGCGGUGUCCGUGCUAUGGUUGUUAGCUGCGUUAGCACCGCUUCUAAGUGUAAAUGCGCAAUACGAUGGGUAUGGAGAUUGGAAUAAUGCAGUACCAAAUGAAUGGCCGACCGAUGUUAGGAGAGAAGAAAACGUUUACCCAUCCGAACGUGUAACACAUGGAUUGUACAACCGGGAAGAUAUCCCGCCACUUCCGCCGCCGAGCAGUAGAGGUCUCAACUUCGCCUAUUACGAUCCUGAAACCAAACAACGGGUUGCACCUAUCGACCGAAACUGUACAGCACCUGGAUGCUGUGUGCGAAAAUGCCUGGCCGAAAAAGGAAGCAGGGGAUUUCCGGGUGUAGCUGGACCUCCGGGAAGUCAAGGAUUUCCUGGUCAUGAAGGACCCGAAGGACCACAAGGUCCUAAGGGACAAAAGGGUCAAAUGGGAAAUCCAGGACCUCGAGGACCAAAAGGAGAUAGAGGAAAGCCAGGUGAAAGAGGUUUCGUUGGCAGAAUAGGUCCUUCUGGUCCUCAAGGUGAACCAGGUUUGCCUGGUAUACCGGGUAGAGAUGGUUGCAACGGGACAGAUGGAGAACCUGGAGAACGUGGACCACAAGGUAUGCAAGGACCUCGAGGUUUCCCUGGUCCUAAAGGAGAAAAAGGUGACAAAGGAGUACCAGCCUACACAGGACGAAACCAAAAAGGGCAAAAAGGAGAACCAGGUGCUGAUGGAAUGCAAGGAAGACCCGGUCCUAUAGGACCAUCGGGUCCUGGUGGCGUACCAGGGUCUAAAGGUGCCACUGGCCCUAUGGGUCCGCCUGGUCCUAAAGGAGACAAAGGUUCAAAAGGUACUAAAGGUGCGGCAAUCCAGGGUGAUAAAGGAGACCGCGGUGACCCAGGUGACAGAGGUCCGAGCUGUCCGCCUGUAACAUUGCCCUGGCACCCGGACGAUAAGGGUGCUAUAAAAGGAAUCCAAGGUGAUAUGGGGCCUAAAGGCGAUAAAGGAGAACCUGGUCCAAUGGGCGACAAAGGUGAUACUGGAAUUAUGGGAGAGGCAGGACGUCCUGGACAGAUGGGUAUUAAAGGAGAAAAAGGAAUAAUCGGCAACCCCGGUGAACGAGGCCGAGACGGACCGUAUGGCAAUCCAGGACCAAGAGGACAAAAGGGAGAUAGAGGUAACGAUGGAUUGCCAGGUCUAGAUGGAAGGCCUGGAAGUAAAGGAGAACCUGGAAAAGAUGGAUUACAAGGACCAAGAGGUUUAAAAGGUAUUCCUGGUCCGGCUGGCGGUCGUACUGGAUCACGUGGACCACCUGGUCCACCAGGUCCUAGAGGCUAUCAAGGUAGACCUGGACCUAGGGGAACUGAUGGGUUAUCUGGAGAAAAAGGUGAUAUGGGACCAAUGGGACCUCCAGGAGGACAAGGUGAACCUGGUGCACCAGGUCUUGAAGGAAGAGCUGGACCCAAAGGUGAAAAAGGUGAACCUGGACCAUUAGGAAAACAAGGCGAUGUUGGUCCACGAGGUUAUGAUGGACCUCAAGGGCCAACGGGCGCAAGAGGUCCCAAAGGAGAAGAUGGUAUUUCUAUACCAGGUCGAAAAGGAGAGAGUGGAUUAAAUGGUAUACCUGGUGCGAAAGGUCAAAAAGGUGAAAGAGGUUACCAUGGAUUACGUGGUCUUCCUGGUAACUCUACUUUAGGUACUGCUGGUAGUCCAGGAGAAGUUGGACCACCAGGAGAAAAGGGUGAGAAAGGAAGUCCAGGUUUUGAUGGGAUACCUGGUAGCCCAGGAUCUAAAGGAGACAUAGGCGGACGAUGCAAUGACUGUAGGCCUGGAGGACCUGGACAGAAAGGAGAUCGCGGUCUAGAUGGAUAUCCGGGUGCAGUUGGAGAUCCAGGGCAACCAGGACCUCCAGGACUAACAGGCGAGAGAGGAGCUGACGGUCUUAAUGGUAUGCCAGGAGAAGCAGGAGCUCCGGGUGAACGAGGUGAUGAUGGACCCAUUGGACCACCAGGUGAAAGAGGAGCUGAUGCACAAAUUGUAUUAAACCUCUUGAAAGGACAGCCUGGACCACAAGGUAAAAGGGGACCUCCUGGUCCUCCUGGACCAAAGGGAGAAAAAGGGAUGUUAGGGUUCAAAGGAAAUCAAGGUCCAAUUGGUAUGCCGGGACAGAAAGGAGAUCAUGGACUGAUGGGUCCUCCAGGAAAUGAUGGAACUCCAGGGUCUGACGGAAACCCAGGUAUACCUGGUAAAGAUGGAAUUUCAAUCAGGGGAGAAAAAGGUGAACCGGGUAGUACAGGGCAAAAAGGAGAUAAAGGAUUCCCAGGUAGAAUGGGUAUUAAAGGAGAUGCUGGUCAAUGCCCAGCGAAUUUGGAAGCUCUAACUAGAGGUGACCCAGGCGCAACAGGAGCACCUGGUCCUCAAGGAAUGCCAGGUGAAAGAGGAGAAAAGGGUGAUAAAGGUUAUGCAGGACGUCCUGGACUUAAAGGUGAAAUGGGCUUCCCUGGAAAGCAAGGUCCAGUGGGUCCUCGGGGAAUACCAGGAGAAAGAGGAGAUAAAGGAGAUGUGGGACCUAUAGGUUUCCCUGGAUCCCCUGGAGAAACGGGACCCAGAGGUUACCCUGGUAACCCAGGUUUUAAAGGUGAUAAAGGUGAACUUGGUCUAUCCAUGCCCGGACCACCUGGUCCUUCUGGUUUUCCUGGUGCAAAGGGUGACAAGGGUAACAGAGGAGUACCUGGUACGCCAGGCGCUGACGGUCUUCCUGGUGCUAUGGGGCUAACUGGAGAAAAAGGUGAUCAAGGUAUUAUGGGACGACCUGGUUAUGCUGGUCCCCCAGGACAAAAGGGAGAGCCAGGUCCACUAGGGCCACCCGGAAUAGCUGGAAGACCCGGUGCUCCUGGAAUAGAUGGGGCUAAAGGCGAACAGGGCUAUCCAGGACCAGAAGGAAAACCUGGAGUAAUAGGGUUACCAGGACCUAAAGGCGAACCAGGACUGCAAGGAAUGCCAGGCCAAAAAGGAUUCCCUGGUAGCCGUGGUCGUCCAGGCCGAAAUGGUAUUCAAGGUAUUCCUGGGGCACCUGGAGAAAAAGGUGAAAAGGGAGAACGUGGUUUUACUGGACCAACAGGUUUGCCUGGUCUCGAUGGCCCUAUGGGCCCCGCUGGCCGCGAUGGCGCUAAAGGUGAUAGAGGUUUUGAUGGGCGGCCUGGUUCACCAGGUAAAUCUGGACCAACUGGUGAAAAGGGAGAUAGAGGAUUUCCAGGAUUAGUUGGAGAAAAAGGUUCACCUGGAUUAGCAUCUGAAAAGGGUGAUAAGGGUGAUAGCGGUGUUCCAGGUCUUCGAGGUUUGGAUGGUAUACCAGGUGUACCAGGAGCAAAAGGUGACAGAGGUGAAUCAGGUAGGCCAGGUUAUGGACUUCCGGGUGUAAGGGGAGAAAAAGGUGAUAUAGGCGCACCUGGAUUAGAUGGACUACCAGGUGCACCAGGAGAAAGAGGAGAUCGAGGUUUUAGUGGAAUUAAGGGAGACAAGGGAUUGAUGGGUAUUCCAGGUGAACCAGGUCAACCUGGAUUACCUGGGAUGGAUGGUCCUCCUGGUAUAAAAGGAGACGUAGGUCUACCUGGUUUUAAUGGAAUCAAAGGCGAUAAAGGUAAUCCUGGUGCACCGGGAAGAGAUGGAUUUGAUGGGAAACCAGGUCCACGAGGUCUAACAGGUCCUGUAGGACCCAUAGGUGUCCCUGGUUUAACUGGAGAAAAAGGAGACCAGGGUCUUCCUGGUGUAUCAAUCAAUGAAAAAGGAGAAAAGGGAGAAAUUGGUCCGCCAGGAUUAGUAGGUUUGACUGGAGAAAAAGGAGACAUGGGCGAUAGAGGAUUACCAGGAUUACAAGGUGAAAAAGGAGAUCGUGGUUACAUAGGCCAGAAAGGAGAUAAGGGAAGAAUCGGUCUUACGGGAGAGAAAGGUGAUCGCGGUCCUGCUGGGCCAACUGGUAUACCAGGAGUGACAAUAGUUGGCGAAAAAGGAUUACCAGGAAUUCCUGGAAAACAUGGUCGACCAGGGCCACCUGGCGCAAUUGGAGAAAAGGGAGAGCAAGGCCUUCCUGGUCUUCCUGGACAAGUUGGACCAGCUGGACUACCGGGUACAGUAGGACCACAAGGACAAAAAGGAGAUCGUGGUCGAGAAGGUGUGGCAGGUCCACCAGGCUUUGAUGGAACUCCAGGAUUCCAAGGUGCUCCUGGUCCACAAGGAGAAAAGGGUGAUAGAGGCGAGAAAGGUGCUACAGGAAUCGGUUAUGAAGGACAGAAAGGAGAUCAAGGUUUUCCAGGUGAGACGGGUAUGGUAGGAGAAAAGGGUGAUAAAGGUGACCGCGGCUUUAAUGGACGAGAUGGACAACCAGGCCCUAUGGGUCCUAUGGGAGAGAAAGGUGAAAGAGGAUUCCCUGGAGUAUUUGGUGUAGCUGGAAGUCAAGGCGAGAAAGGUGAUAAAGGUGAAGCCGCUGGCUUUAUAUUUGGACCUAAAGGCGAGCCUGGACCUCCUGGAUUACCUGGUGCGGAUGGAAUACCGGGUAAUGAUGGUUUGCCUUGUCCUCCAGGCAUAGAUGGAUUACCAGGUAUGAAAGGAGAUCGUGGAUACCAAGGACGACCUGGUCCGCCUGGUCCUGUCGGUCCACCAGGUUUACAAGGUUUACAAGGUGAAAGAGGUGAGAUCGGUUUAACUGGACAAGUGGGACUUCCUGGACCGCCUGGAGCUCCUUGUGUAGAAACUGACUAUCUAACUGGAAUCCUUGUAGUACGACACAGUCAAGGAAGUAAUGUAUAUGAUUGUCCAGAGGGAUUGAUAAAACUAUGGGAUGGAUAUUCUUUACUCUAUAUAGACGGCAACGAAAAAGCGCAUAGUCAAGAUUUGGGACAUGCUGGCUCAUGUGUAAGAAAAUUCAGUACAAUGCCCUUCCUUUUCUGUGACCUGAACGAAGUAUGCAACUAUGCCAGUCGAAAUGAUCGAAGUUACUGGCUUUCAACUAAUGAAGAAACUCCUAUGAAUCCAGUGCAAGGAAAUGAUAUAAUAAAGUAUAUUUCAAGGUGUGUCGUCUGUGAAGCACCAGCUAAUGUCAUUGCUGUUCACAGUCAAUCGAACAGUAUCCCCGAGUGUCCAUCAGGGUGGGCUGAACUAUGGAUCGGAUACAGUUUUGUUAUGCACACGGGUGCGGGUGGCCAAGGUGGAGGUCAGGCUUUGGAGAGUCCGGGAUCAUGUUUGGAAAGCUUCCGAACUGUACCGUUCAUAGAAUGUAACGGAGAAGGCGGUACAUGCCACAAGUUUGCCAAUAAACUUAGUUUUUGGUUAACUACCAUCAACGACUCAGAACAGUUUGCCAUGCCGAGACGAGAAACAUUAAAGUCAGGAAAUCUACUCCAACGUGUAGCUCGUUGUGCAGUUUGCAUGAAAAACACCAAAUAG